CUUAUAUACGAUAAGUCUGUGGAUCGCUCAAUUUGUGAGUUCCGCGCAGAUUCCAGCAUCCACAAAUACUUCCAGUCAGAAAACACUGAUUAUAAGGGUAGUGGUUACGAUCGCGGACAUCUCGCAGCUGCUGGAAAUCAUAGAAGAUCACAGAAUUCCGUCGACCAGACAUUUUUGCUAUCAAAUAUGAGCCCACAAGUAGGAAGAGGUUUUAAUCGUGAUAAGUGGAACGAUUUGGAGAAGUAUGCUAGGAAAGUUGCAAAAAAGAGUCUUAACACUUAUAUUCUUACGGGGCCUCUUUAUCUGCCGCGAAAAGCAGAUGAUGGAAAUAAAUACGUGCGAUACAAGGUUAUUGGAGCUAAUAAUGUAGCAGUACCUACCCACUUUUUCAAAGUAAUUCUUGCUGAGACGUCGCCAAGCAACUUUGAGAUGGAAUGUUUUGUUCUCCCAAAUGAGGUUCUUCCCGAUACCGCUGAGUUAUCCGUCUUCUAUGUUCCAUUAGAGAUGAUCGAGAGAUCCGCUGGAUUCUUAAUCUUUGAUAAGCUUCCAAGCGAUAAGCUGAAAAAAGUGAAUGGGAAAAAAGUGGGCGGGUUCUGGUAGUC